AUGUCAUCCGACAGCACCAACACCAGCAAGACCAACCCCCAAUCCCCCUCCACAACCUCAACUUCUACAUCCAUCCUACCAAACCCUCCCAGACCCAAAUAUCCACCACUACAACGAUAUCUCGCAACCCUGGUGUCCCUUGCCCGCGUCGCCUUGGGCACAAACCACGGAUCGCGCUCUCAUGCCACCACCACUGCCACCGCCGUCCUCGUUCUACAGGAGAAGUUAAACGAACAUUUUACUCUGGAGCGCGAGGAGUGUGAGAAAUUUGGGCAGCGCGAGCAAUGCAGUCAGCAAAAGCAAGAUCAGCAAAGACAAGACCAGCCAGAUCAAUCUCAUGCAUGUGGCAUCAGCACAUCGACGCAAAAUAACUGUCCAUGCAGUACCAAGAAUGGCGGCAAUUACAUCGAUACAAUCCUGCAACUGCAAACUCUCCUGCGUAUACUCACCAUGGCACUUGGUCUACGGCGAGAGCAGGUUAAUUGGCCGCGAUUGAAUCUUUCGGGGAUGCAAGAGAGGCGCAGGAUGGAGAGGUUGUAUGAGAGGAUUGAUGAUUUGGUGUUUUGGGGUGAAACGGAGGAUGGGUUGGUGGAUGCGCGGGGUGAGAAGGGGGUUUGA